GAGCGCAUCCCGGGGCAGGGGAGCCCGGAGAGCGGGUAACAGAGAGACAGAGCAUCCCGGGGCAGGGGAGCCCGGAGAGCGGGUAACAGAGAGACAGAGCAUCCCGGGGCAGGGGAGCCUGGAGAGCGGGUAACAGAGAGACAGCGCAUCCCGGGGCAGGGGAGCCCGGAGAGCGGGUAACAGAGAGACAGAGCAUCCCGGGGCAGGGGAGCCCGGAGAGCGGGUAACAGAGAGACAGAGCAUCCCGGGGCAGGGGAGCCCGGAGAGCGGGUAACAGAGAGACAGAGCAUCCCGGGGCAGGGGAGCCCGGAGAGCGGGUGACAGAGAGACAGCGCAUCCCGGAGGAGCGAUACGGUAUCCAGACAGGAGAGCCAACAACCCAGCGGACAAGAAAUCGGAUCGCAGGUGAAGGAUAUCGCAGCCCGGGGUGCCCGGAGGAGUCCGAGGCAGCGAGAGCCCGGUCACUCGGCGUGAUGGAUUUACUGCGAUCGCUCGGACACCCGGAGGAGCUACUGAAUCUGAUCAAGUACAAACUGGGUCCCGGGUCCAGCGCCCACCCGAGGACGGACUCGAUAAGCGAGACGUUGAAAACAUGCUACAUAUAUCUGAACCAAACAAGCCGCAGUUUUGCUGCCGUCAUUCAAGCACUGGAUGGAGAUUUAAGGCAGGCAGUGUGUAUCUUCUACCUGGUCCUGCGGGCUCUCGAUACAGUGGAGGAUGAUAUGUCCAUUCCUCUGGAGGAGAAGGUGCCCAUGUUACAGAACUUCCACACCUACUUGUACCAGCCCGAGUGGAGGUACAGCCAGAGUCAGGAGAAGGACCGCCAGGUGCUUCAGGAUUUCCCUUCGAUUUCACUGGAGUUCCGUUCCCUGGCCAAGGUUUACCAGGAUGUGAUCGCUAAUAUUUGCCACAGGAUGGGAUUGGGAAUGGCGGAAUUCUUGCAGAGAAGAGUGGAGUCGGUUAAGGAAUGGGACACGUACUGCCACUACGUCGCUGGCCUUGUAGGCAUUGGCCUCUCCCGGUUAUUUGCCGCUUCUGAACUGGAGGAUCCUGUUGUCGGGGAGGACACAGAUCUGGCCAAUUCCAUGGGCCUCUUCCUGCAAAAAACGAACAUUAUUCGGGACUACCUGGAAGACCAGCAGGAGGGUCGAGAGUUUUGGCCUCAGGAGGUGUGGAGUAAGUAUGCAGAGAAGCUGUCUGACUUCACCAAGCCCCCGAAUGUUCAGGCAGCUUUGCAGUGUCUGAAUGAACUGAUAACCAAUGCUCUGCAACAUGUCCCAGAUGUCAUAAAGUACUUAUCACGCCUCCACAACCAGAGUGUAUUCAACUUCUGCGCUAUUCCACAGGUAAUGGCCAUUGCUACUUUGGCUGCCUGCUACAACAACCCUCAGGUCUUCCGAGGUGUGGUGAAGAUUCGGAAAGGCCAGGCUGUUACGCUCAUGCUGGGGGCCACUAACAUUGGAGCUGUAAAAGGGAUGUUCCAACAGUACGCUUGUGUGAUCGGACGGAAGGUUCCGGGUGCCGGGAAGUGUGGAGCUGAAACGCAGCAGAUUGUGAUGAAGGUGGAGUCACUGAGUCAGACUGAAGGGCAGCUGAUCUCCCGAAGUCACCUGUCACCCAUUUACCUGUCACUGGCCAUGUUCCUGGUGGCGGUUAGCUGGCAGUACUGGCAGAGUCUGACCCACAGUUCAGGCGAGUACAGGCAAAGCCAGUGAGGCUAUUCACUUCUGCUUCAACACUGGAGUGUGGAGCGAACUGUGAUUCCCAGCCGAAUCAUAUAUGCUCGCUUACAUCUGUGAGAUCAAGCUCGUCAGACCAGAGUUCGGUGUCUGGCAGAAAUCCAGCCCAGUGUUACUGCUGUACACCAAACCCCAGCACAGGGGCGGGAGGUGGCAAUACAAACAUUUGGUCGGGUGCUUAGAUCGUCACAAUUUGACCUUGGACUGUUUCCUUAAAACCUGCUUGCUGGGACUGUGUCAUGAGAGUCUUGUCUGUGAGGCUUGUAGGAGAUGCUGUGUGACUGCUGCCCAGGAUACUGGCUUUGGCAGUGUCAUUAGUCAGGGUGACUUCCUUCUGUAUUAAUUUGCUGAUUGAGAUGAUUUAAUAAAUAAGUCUACAUGUUUGUCUCUAA